CACACGGUUGUUCUGCGCUGCUCAGGAAAAUAAAUGCUCCAAACCACUUGACUGAGCUCACUGGAUAACCUACGAUCACUAACUAACCCGUUACAGACGCCGAGAGGAGAAAUGGCGCAGAAAGGAGUUCAUCUGGACAGAAAGGGUUUCUCUUGUUUCAUCUGUCUGGAUCUACUGAAGGAGCCUGUGAAUAUUCCCUGUGGACACAGCUACUGCACGAAGUGUAUUGAAGACUUCUGGGAUGGAGAGGAUUAUAAGAGGGUCUACAGCUGCCCCGAGUGCAGGAAAACCUUCAAACCGAGGCCUGUUCCGGAGAACAACAUCAUUUUAGCCGUUUUAAUUGAGCAGCUGAAGACGAGGGAACACCAAGCUGCUCCUGCUGAGCACAGCUAUGCUGGACCUGAAGAUGUGGCCUGUGACUUCUGCACUGGAAGAAAACUAAAAGCCAUCAAGUCCUGUUUGAUGUGUGAGGUCUCUUACUGCGAGAAACACGUCCAGCCUCAUGAUCAUGUAGCUCGGUUAAGGAAACAUCAGCUGGUGGAGCCCUCCAAGACGCUCCACAAGAGCAUCUGCUCCCGUCACGAUGAGGUGAUGAGGAUGUUCUGUCGCACUGAUCAGCAGAUCAUCUGUCAUGUCUGCAUGGUGGAUGAACAUAUAGGCCACGACAUCAUCUCAGCUGCAGCUGAAAGGAGAGAGAAGCAGAAGGAGCGCCAGGCGAGGAGAGCGAAGCGGAAGGAGCUCCAGAUGAGGAGAGAGAACAUCCAGCAGAGAAUCCAGUACCGAGAGAAAGAUGCGACGGCAGCUGAGUCACAGCCCGGACACAAACUGCAGAACACAUGGGCAAACAUCGUUGUGAGAGGGACUGAAGGUUUACGGCCAGAACCAAAGAGCAGAGCUGACUUCUUGAGACGUUCAUGCGACGUCACUCUGGAUCCAAACACAGCUCACGGUCAUCUGAGGGGAACACAAAAGUAGCAUUCACGACACAAGAUCAGUUUUAUCCUGAUCGUCCAGACAGAUUCACUGGGUGU